AGGUCAGAGGGCGGGGCCCGGGGACAGGGUGAGGAGGACCCCCUGGGGCCCCUGAUUGGCCGGGGCUCCUCUUCCGGGCACAGCCCACAUGUUCUCCUCCGUCCGGGGCUCCAUGUAGUUGUGCAGAAUGUCCCGGGCUCCGCUCCUCACCGUCCUGUUCACACUGUGCUCCGUGCAGCGCGGCUGCGGCUUCUCUCAGGCUGUGGACAGCGACUUCACCUUCACCCUCCCGGCCGGACACCGGGAAUGCUUCUACCAGAGCACGAGACAGAGCGGGACCCUGGAGAUAGAGUACCAGGUUCUGGAUGGCACCAAUUUAGACAUUGAUUUCUACCUCUUCUCCCCCAAUGGGGACCUGGUCCUAUCUGAGCAGCGUCAGUCAGACGGGGUCCACACGGUGGAGACGGUGGACGGCGAUUAUCAGUUCUGCUUCGACAACACUUUCAGCCGGAUGUCGGAGAAGGUCAUCUUCUUUGAACUAAUAUUGGAUCAUAUGAACGAUGGCGAAGAGCAGGAAGACUGGAAGAAUUACGUCAUCGGUACCGACCUCCUGGACAUGAAGCUGGAGGAUAUAAUGGAAACCAUUAAUAGUGUCAAAGCCCGAUUGGGCAGAAGCCUCCAGCUCCAGACUCUGCUGAAGGCCUUUGAGGCCAGAGAUCGCAACAUCCAGGAGAGUAACUGUGAGCGAGUCAACUUCUGGUCCAUGGUAAACCUGGCGGUGAUGGUCGUGGUCAGCGUCACCCAAGUCUAUAUGCUGAAGAGUCUUUUUGAGGACAAGCGGAAAAGCCGACCGUGACUUUACACUGGAGAAGAACUGAGCCGAGAUCAUUGGGGGAUGGGGGGAGAGAAAUAAGGGAUUUGAAUGAAUGGGGCUUUAUAUGGGAGUUUGUACUUUUACGCUGUGAUUGUAGAUUUGUAACAUUUUUAGUUUAAAUCCUGAUAUUUCUGUUUCUUGGAUCCGGGCGAGUGGCUUGUUACAUGUUCUUGUACGCACAGGACGGGAGCGACCACUGGACCCAUGGGUCACGAUUAUUGGAGCGAAUACAUCUGCGUCGUCUAUUAGACUUUCAUUCGGUCCCUGUAUUCCGGAAAUGUUAUUUAGUCUCUUCAUACGACUUUUAUAGAACAUGUUUCAGUUUGGAUAAUUUGUACCGAGAUGAAGGAAUUUGUUACAAUGUUGACACGAGAGAUUAAAACUGCCCAAAGAUGUAAAGAGAAGUAAGAAACGGAGUGUUUUGUAGGAACGAUGUUACAUCAGUGGCACUAGAACUUGUUGGUUUAAAGCGGUGUUUCCCAACAAGGGCACCUCCAGCUUACACAGCUCAGUAUUUCUCUAUAAUGUCCUCCAUGCUGCUGCAGCAGCUUCUUCUGCGCUUGUCUUAUAGAGCUGUAUUUCACAACCAGGGUCUCUUAAGCUUACACAGCUCACUACUGCUCUAGAAUGUCCUCCAUGCUUCUGCGACUGUCCUAUAUUGCUGUAUUUCACAACCAGGGUCCCUAAAGCUUACACAGCUCAGUACUGCUCUAGAAUGUACUCCAUGCUGCUGCUUCUGCAAUUGACUGAUAGAACGGUGUUUUCCCAACCAGGUUGCCUUCAGCUUACACAGCUCAGUACUGCUCUAUAAUGUUUUCCAUGCUGCUGCUUCUGCAAUUGUCCUAAUAGUGCAGUGCAUCCCAACA